AUGGGCAAGGCAACCACCCCGACCGACCGCCAGGCGCGCAGACACAACCCUCUGCAGGAUGACAUCCUUGCUACGGGUCCUUUGAAGAACAAGGCCCCUAAGAAGAAGAAGGGCAAGGGCACCGAAGAUGACGAUCACGGCGAGGGUUUUGUCGAUGCGACACGCAGUCGCACCAUUCUCAGGCUGGGCCGUGAGCUGGCCGAGGAGGACGGUCCCGCCAAGCCAGAAGCCGCUGCGAAACCGACUGUCGACCUUUUCGGAAUCGAAUCGAGAUACGGUGUAGAUGUUGGUGACGAGCAGGCGUACGAGGACGAGGAGGCCUGGGGUGAGGAGGAUGAGAUUGUUGAGGAGAUUGAGAUCGAUCCCGAGGACCUCGAAACCUAUCGCAAGUUCUUGCCCGAAGCUGAGGAUGACCCUGCGGCGAUGUUGAACCAGCACGGUUGGGGCAGUAAGGGUCCCGACGACGAAAUGGCUGGCGGUGGCACCAACCUGACCGAGCUCAUCUUGGAGAAGAUUGCUGCACACGAGGCUGCCGAGGCUCGUAAAGCAGCCGGUGUGCCGGCGGUUGACGAAGACUACCAGCUUCCCCCAAAGGUUAUCGAAGUCUACACAAAGGUCGGCUACAUUCUGUCGCGAUAUAAAAGCGGCCCCCUGCCGAAACCCUUCAAGAUCCUGCCAACUCUACCGCACUGGGAGGACAUUAUCCAAAUCACCGAGCCUCAAAAGUGGACGCCCAAUGCUGUGUACCAGGCGACCAGAAUUUUCUCGUCUUCAAAGCCCCUCGUUUGCCAGAAGUUCAUGGAGAUCGUCGUCCUCGACAAGGUUCGCGAGGACAUCUAUGAGAACAAGAAGCUGAACGUGCACCUCUUCAACGCGCUGAAGAAGUCCCUGUACAAACCCAGAGCGUUCUUUCUUGGCUUCUUGUUCCCUCUGCUUUCUAGCGGCUGCACGAUUCGUGAGGCGCACAUCGUCUCUGCAGUGCUUGCCAGAGUGUCGGUGCCAGUGCUCCAUUCCGCUGCCGCCCUGAAGGGCAUCACUGAAAUUGCGGCCCAGGAAGCUUCGCAAGGCACCGAGGGCGGUGGAGCUGCCAACAUCUUCAUCAAGACUUUGCUAGAGAAGAAAUAUGCUCUUCCCUACCAGGUCAUUGACUCGGUCGUUUUCCAUUUCUUGAGGUUCAGAAGUGUGGAUCCAGCAUCGAUCAAAGAAGGCCAGUCGGUCUCCGGAGACAUGGUCAAGUCGCUGCCUGUUGUCUUCCACCAGAGUUUGUUGGCUUUCGCCCAGAGAUACAGGAACGAUCUCAGCGAGGAUCAGAGAGAGGCUCUUCUUGACUUGCUCUUGACGCAUGGUCACCACUCAAUUGCACCGGAGAUCCGAAGAGAACUGCUGGCUGGCAGAGGGAAGGGUGUAGCGGUUGAGCAGCAGGCCGCUCCAUUUGACGGCGAUGACACGAUGCUUGUUGACUGA